UUAUUUUUCUCGACGCUCUCUCGAUCCUCGCUACCUAGGUUUUGUGUUCUGCGCGAGUGCUUGACGAAGAAUGCGAGCUACUGCUACUGCUGAACGGGUAAAUGCAAUCUCUGCCAAGGAAGGGGCCGCUGGGAACGGCGUGGCGCGCGGCUCAUGUGGAGCGCCGGCUUGCCAGGAGCGAGAUAAGCGCGGCAGACAUCGCUACAACUGUUGAUGAAAUCCUUCGCUUCCCCGACGUGCCGCUGUCUUUGAGAGUGUCCGCUUAUCUGUUGCUGGGCGUGGCACGCAUUUACUCUAGGAAGGUUGUCUACCUCCUGGCAGUCUCCAACGAGACCUGGGAGAAGAUCAAAAGGCUGAGCAUCAAAGCUAGCGACGCUUCUCUACUGGAAACUGAGCGCCUUUGUGUGGGCUAUGCUGGAAACUUGGCUGACUUGCUCGAUCCUUUUCGGGAAGAAGAGGUUGUAAACGCAGUACACAGCAAUGUCGAUUUGCACGUUGCACUGGCAGAGCACAUUACUUUGCAGCCAAACGUAGAUCAUUUUGGAUCUUACAACACGGAGCUAGAUGAAAGAUUUCCUGAUGGUGAUUUGCCAUUCGGCUUCGAAGUUGAGGAAGUCAUCUCGCAAUGCCAAGAGAAAGAAAACUUGGACGAAUGGUCCGGCAUUGUGGACGAUGGAGUAUUUCAGCCGCAAACACCAACAAAUGACGUCUUGGCAGACCAUAGGGAGCGAGCACCUUACAGCCUUCUACGUCCAACGGCAAUGCGGUCCUUGGCUUCGAUCGUUGAUGAGAUAGCUGAUCAGCAAAUGCCAGAUGCUCCUUUUCAGACUGUGAUAGAGAGGGAGAAGGCCAUUCGCGCGCAAGACUGUGGCUAUUUUUCCGAAAAAGAAUCAGAGUUGGCCUUCGCUCCAAGGACACCUCAGAAACCAUGCACUGAGAUACGCAGCAACGUCAGGACCAGAAACAAGCGGAAGCGGCUUGCGUUUGAUAUGUCGACCAUGCUAUCGAACGACCUGCUACAGAACCAGCUCCGUAGCACAAAAGACCUGCUAAGGCCUCGUAAAAGAGCCGAUUGCUGUUAUCGACGAAUGCUUCUUAUGCAAAACAUGACUGCUAGGGACCAGAGGUUGCUUCAGCUGCUAACUGGUAGCCGGCUGCCAGCGAGCAACUAUCAACUGAGGACUUACGGUGUUUUGGAACGCGAAACAGAGAGAGAGAUCGCCGCCACGAAAAAGCUUGCUGGAGAUAAUCUGAACGGGGAAGACAAUUUGAACGCUUCUAUAAACCCAGCUGUCGACUCUGUAGCUGAUUUACCCGACUUUGAUUGCCAUUUUGAAGAACUUGUAGACGGCCGUGACUCCCAGGCUCCAGACAGUGAUGUAUGCUCCGGACGGACGAGGGCGGUAGCACUUAUGUUGGAGAGGCUCAGCAAACAGGCCCCGAACGCGAGUUUGUCGCUGGAACAAAUUCUGACCGGAAAAACUAGAAGAGUUGCAGCUUGCAUGUUUUAUGACAUUCUGGUCCUCGGGUCCAAACAGUCUCUCUUAGUGAAGCAAGAGGUUCCAUUCGGUGACAUAAUAGUUAGUGCAUCCAUGUGAUUUUUUUUAUCACUUCCCUGGUAAGUGAUUUUCUCCUGGAUGUGUGAAUGACUGUAGUAUGCUUAACGAAAAAUUUAACAAGCUUGAUUUCUCGCCUUUC